AUGUGCCCCCCUGUGAGUGUGCGCCAUGGGAGAGAGGGCAUGGCCUACCUUUAUGCGUCCUGGAUGUACCAGCUGCUCCACGGAGAACCACUGGGUCUUUGCUUUGCCUGCUUCAAGGUUGCCUUUCUGGACCUUAAAGACACCCUGGAGUCGGAUGACGAGGGAGAUGAAGACUGGGACCCUGAUCCCCUGGAAUCUCCUGCGGUAGGGCCUGAGCAGGGGGGGCCAACCUGGCCAGGGCCUAGCUGGGGACUUGGCUCUGGGCAGCCUGCAAUGGGGGGUGCUGAGUUUGGGGGGCCAGGGCCCCUGGCAUCUGUUCCGGGGGAGUUGGGUGCAGUGGGCCUGGACCACCCCUUUGUGCCAACUGAGCUGGGGCCUGAGGAGGCAGUGCCUCUGGAUCUGGGCCCAGAGGAUGAUGACUGGACCCAGGCCCUUCCCUGGAGAUUUUUGGGGCUUCCUCCCUGCUCACACUGGCCACAACCCCCAAUCCCACGGCCAUGUUUUUUCAACACGGACUUACCCUCCAGGGAGCCCAUGAUGUUGGAGGUGGUCACCAACCUGCCAGUGGACCCUGUGGAGAUGAAGGCCUGGUUUUUAGGCCUGCAGAUUUUCUCCAUGGUGGGCCACUAUGAUGCCACCUACUUCAGGAAGAUGAUUCCAGGCUGUGUUCUGAGGGCUUCAGACCAGCACUGGAAAGUCCUGCUGAGUGCUGGUGAGGUAUGCACUGUGAAGCUCCAAGAUGCACCCCAGCAGCCUGACCUGCCUGGGCAGAAGCUGAGCAUUCUGGAGACCACAGAGUUCGGGGUAGAGCUAGUCCCUGCAGACAUUGUCCUGCAGAAGAAAGGGUUCAAAAUCAUUUCCUAUUCACUCUAUCCUGGCAUUGCUGAGAACUGGAGCACCGGGCCUGGGGGGUCUGGGGAGAGGCUCAAUGUUGUGGAAGCCUCAGCCCCAGAGCAGCUGCCCUGCUUCCAGUCCCUUAGCCCUGGGCCCCAGAAUGGAGGGCCUGAGGCCCAGGCAGCCACCACUGUCCUGCCUGCUCCAGAACACCAGGGACCAGGAAGUUCCAACAACAGCUCCUCUCCAGCAGUAGUGGAGCAGUUGGCACAGGAUGGGGACCUUCACUGA